AUGGAAACACAAAAGUACAGGCAGCUAGGAGGCAAAAAGAACAUGCUCUAUUAUCUUAUUAAAAUUUCAGUCUUUACCAUAAUAAUUUUAAUACUGCAAGGCCUUACUGAUAAUCACAAUGUUAAAAUAUAUGGGAAUAGUGAAAUGAACGAAGGAAAACCAUUAUACCAAAGAAAUAAGAGAAUAUUAAGUAAACUUAAAGAAGACUACGAAUUGGAACAUAAUAGAAAGUGUGAAACUUUAUUACGCACUAAAGAAGGUGAAAGUAAAUGCGAGAAUAAGACAAACAAUGGUAUUAUAUUAGCUGCUGAACACGUAAAUACAUCUACUGAAAAAAAAGAGUUAGAAGGAAUGAAACUCAAUAAUGGUAAAACAAAAAAUGUUAAUCCCUCUAAAACUGAAAUUAACAACUCAAAAAAAAAUAAAGAUUCUAUUACACCUUCUUUCUUUGUGAAAUUAAUUUUUGAUGAACCAGAAAAGGCAAUUGGAAUAACAAUGCUUUAUGUAGGGGCAUUUUUAAAAUAUGUUUAUCAAUUCAUUACAAAAAGUAAUACAUCUACAAAUAAGAAUAAAAGUGGUUUAAAUUGA